AUGGUGGUUCUUGUGAGUCCUAAGGAUGGCGGUACACCCUUCACCAAUCCAUGGGAUGUCACCAACGCCAUCAGUGGAUCUCCUUUCAGCAAAGCUUGCAUAGAUCGGGGUGUCCAGCAACUUGUCUCAUUGAAUCAGACGCCAAUCCCUUUGGUCUCCUCUCAUCAUUGGUUGGAAGUCAACUUUGAUACACCAUUCUUGACAUGGAAGAAACACAUAGCAGCCCUCUACCUCUCGUGUGCAUGUCGCACUGAACUUAUGCGCUGGAUCUCUGGCACCAAGUGGGGGGCAGAUCGAGACCUUCUCUUUAGGUUCUACACAGCUAUGGUUCGCAGCAAGCUCACUUAUGCGAGUGAGGUGUAUGGCUCAGCCUCUUCCUCCUCUCUUCAUCGCUUAGACGUUCUCCAGAAUUCAGCCAUCCAUAGUAUGCUGCUCAUUGAUACAGAAAUCAACCCAUAUGUGGAUGAAUGGGAGGCUGCUGGCCGGUGGCCUGCACACAGGAUCCUGAAGCUGCUUGGUCAAGGUGGUUUGCUUGGCAUCACUAAACCUGUAGAAUAUGGUGGCCUGGGUUUGGACUACAAGUAUCAAGCAGCCUCGUCAGAGGCUCUUGGUGGUAUUCGUGCUCCAGGUGUUGCCAUGGGUAUUGGUGCACACACAGAUAUAGCUACUCCUGCCUUGGCCAGAUUUGGAAGUGACUAUGUAAAACGUGAGUUCUUAGCACCGAGCAUCUCUGGGGAUGUUGUGGCAUGCCUAGGUGUGAGUGAACCUGGCGCUGGAUCAGAUGUAGCCAGUGUACAGACAACAGCACGGCGUCAAGGUGAUGAUUUAAUUAUCAACGGUCAGAAGCUGUGGAUUACAAAUGCUUGGGAGGCAGACUGGAUGUGUCUGCUGGUGAACACUUCUACUGGACCACCUCACCUCAACAAGUCACUUGUUUGUGUGCCCAUGAAGACUCCAGGAAUUCACCUCACAAAGUUGAUUGACAAACUUGGAAUGCGAAGCUCUGACACAGGUGAAAUAUUCUUCGAAGAAGUCAGAGUUCCAGCAAAGAAUAUUGUGGGAGAAGAAGGGAAGGGAUUCACUUACCAGAUGAUACAG